AUGGCAGUGAAUGACCUCAACAUUGUGAUUGAUCGAUUGCAAGAGUUGUGUUUGAGAGACUUGGAGUCAGAUUGGGUGGAAAAUGUGGCUCAAAGCUGGUUGGCUCUUGGUGCAGAUCCUCAACAAAGACAGUGUGCAUUCAUUGCUGCUGACUUCUAUUUCCUUUUGGCAGCUGUGACAGGGAGUAUUGCAUUUAAUGUGUUUGACUUAACUCUGUACAAUAAGACUUUAGAAACCUUCACUCUGAUCACUCGGGUGAAUGCAGUGGACAGAAGUCCUCGACCUCCUGCAAAGAAACGAGGAAGGAAGAAACAAACAGCAAGACUGGCUGAGGAUGACUUUGAAAUGGGGGUUGCAGAUGUGGAAUUGGAAGAUGAUGAAGAGCUUGGGUCACAGGAACCAGUUAUGAGUCGACAUGAAGUCAUUUCCCUCAUGAGGGAGACAACCUCCCUUCUUAGAGACUACCUCAUUUUCUUGGACAUGUUCCCAGUUGGGACUUGGGAAAACUCUAUAGAUUUGACUGUAAGAAGAUUGGUGGACCUGACUCGGGUGGAGCAGAUGACAUCUGAUCUAUCUCAAGGCAGGAACAAUGUGUGUUCCUCAUCUGCUGUUGCCCACCAUGCUUACCUUGCACUUCUGAGGCUUUGCCAAGAGAAUUCCACUUUGGCAUCUACCAUCUGCUUGUGUGUGAUGAAGAAUCUGAUGGCCAGCAUCCUGAUGAAUUUUCCAGGUGCCUCUGACUAUUCCUCCAAGGCUCUCAAUGUAAUUCGUGACCACACACUUGCUUUUGUUGCCAAAGUGAUUGAAGUCCUUGGAGAGAAGAGUAAUGAGAGUGUGCAGGCUCUCAUGCUACAAAUUGCUGUCAGAGUGCAGGAUAAGGCUGAAAGCAGGAUGAAGGGUGCACAGGCAGUGACUAGGAUCUUGAAUUGUGUUUCACCUACUGUCUAUGCACAAAUGUCUGAGCGAUUUUCGAGCAUGGCUGAAGCUGUUAAAGUUCAACAUAGACUGAUGGCUAUAGAGAUCAUCAGCCAACUUCUGCAUAGUGUUAGAGAUACACAAAGCAUGGACACAGAUGAGCAAUGUGAGCCACAAUCCAGUGACAAACAAAUUCCAACCCAAAAGACUUUGUUGAAGAACUUCUUAUUGUUGAUCUUGGCGGGAUGCAGUGACAUUGGUGCAUCUGUCCGCGCCAAAGCGCUUGCAAUUUUGGCUGAUGUGAUGACCAGUCAAAAUCCUCUUAUCCGUUCUGUGAUCAAGUCUGUUUUCUUACCAAAGGAAACAGAAUCUUUGGAAGACAACAGGAGGCAAACUGUAGGGCCUUCUUUGCCUUCUGGUCCUCAGGUUCUACACAUGCUUCACAUGAGAAGUGACGAUGAAAAAGUGUUUGUGAGAAAAUCAUCUCUCCAGGUUCUUCAAAGUCUUCUAGUUUUGAGCAAUGUCUUUGUUAAAGACGAAGUUCUAACUGUGCUACAGUAUCACUGCCGAGACAGCACUCCACUGGUUAGAAAGCAAAUGAUUCAGUGUCUCAGUGAUAUUUUGAAUGAAUACCCGGAGAACUUACUAGUCGUGAAACAUUGGGUCCUGGGCAUUCUCCCCAUGUCCAUGGAUCCUGAAGCUAAAGUACAAGAAAAGGUCCUUGAGGCUAUGGAUGCUGUGAUACUAAAGAACCUAGUUGCAAUUGAUAAGAUGAGAUCAUCUCAUCAUCAGUUGCCCUGGGUGAUCCUGAAUGAAAUAAGGAGAAGGCAUUUUCAGAAGUAUUUCAAACAAGUCUGCGAGGGAUGGGCCAAGGCAAAGAUGCUUACGAAUGCAAACUUCACUCCAGUGCUCAGCCAUGUGAAAACGGUCCAUCAAGAGUCAGCUUGGAUGCUCAUUGCUGCUUUCUCAGACCACCUAACCCACCUUCCAACAUCUUUCAUUCUCAGGAAUUUUUACGCUUUCUUAGGAGUACAAGGAGCUGGAGAUAUUGAUCGCAAUAUGUCAUUGGGUUGUGGGCAGUGCAUCUUCUGGUCAUUAAAGAACUGUGUACCCAGUCUUAAUGAGAAAGAACGUGAAGAAUUGAAGGAGGAGUUUCUUCGAAGCUUGGGUGACUUCAAGAUCCAUGCAUCCCUCAUCUGUACUGCAGCCAGUGUUCUGGAUGCCAUUCUGGAUGCAUCACUCAAGCAGGAUGGAGGGACUGAUGGAAGCCUAGUGCCAGAGCGCAUCUCUGUCUACCAACCUAUCAUCUUUAAAUGUGAAGCUGCCCUGAAUACCAGUGUCUUGGUGACUGAGGGAGGACUGAAAGGAAACAUAGAUCUGAUGAAGAAGCAAUUGAUUACGCUUGGCCACCUUGUUUGGUACUGUAUACAGCUAUUCAACAUGAAGAUUGCCUUGAUCUUUGAAACAUUGGGCUUUCAGCUCCAUCAGUCAGGUGGAGGUGGAAUAUCUUCUGAUAAGCACAAAUCCCUACAAGCGAUUGCUCUCAGUCUAUUGGGAAAGCUUAGUCUUCAGCAUUAUGAUGUUGCCAAGAAGGUGAUCCCUGCUUUUGGAAAACUUCUGGCAUCAGACCCUGAUCCAGCAGUGCGGAUCAAUGCCACUAUUAUUAUCAGUGAUCUCUAUCAACGGUAUGGGACAGAAUUAGAUCCUAUCCUGCCUCGUGUGUUUACCUGCCUCAAAGAUGAUUCAGCAGCAGUGAGGAAAAACUGUCUGGUAGUCCUUCUCCAGCUCCUGCAGGAAGACUAUCUUAAGAUCAAGGCCAAGUAUUUAUAUGUUCUCCUCACAUGCUUGCUGGAUGAGAGCUCUGAGAUACGCCACCUGAUCCGCUUUUUUCUGGAGCACCGCAUGAAGCGGAAAAAGGAAACUAUUUUCUAUCAACAUUUUGUUGAGUCUCUUUUCUACUACAACAAAUAUGAAGGAAACAAGAAGUACAAUAAGUUCAAACAAAACAAAGAGGAGCAGCAGUUCUUCACAUUGCCUGGUUCACAGAAUCGAAAAAAGAGACGUCAUCUCUAUAGCUUCAUGCUCCAAAGGCUUAAUGAUCAACAACGACUCCAGACCACCUGCAGCCUUAGCAAGGAUGUAUUAGAUGGAUUUGCAACGGGAGAUAUUCCAAUUGAGGGAGAAGCAGAGAAAGCAAUAUUGAGUGAUGCAUUAUGGAUAUUGACUUCUGAAGACAUCAAACUCUCAAUGCUAAGAGGAAAACCUGAAGAAGAGCCAGUGGAUGGAGACAACGUGGUGGACUAUGUGAAGCGUAAUGCCAUUGAAAACAUCAUUCCUGUUGUGGUGAAGCUGAAGCGUAAGCUGGAGGAAAGAAAGAGUCCCGUUCUUUAUGAGCUUAUGGUCUUCCUUCGGGAGCUCACUAAGGAGUACAAGAAUGAGGUGAAGGACAUUCUGUCAACUGAUCCUCAGUUGGCAGAGGAGAUCCAGUAUGAUCUGAAGGAGUUGGAGAAGAAAGAGAAGGCAAGGCAGGAGAGGGAAGACAAUGCCAGCGAACAGGGUUCUAUUGCAUCUGAUGAUGCUGCAUCUCUGCAUGACAUUGAGGACAGGGUCCAGUGCCCAAGACUGAGUGGUAUCAUGCACAUCAGAGAGCACCUCUCUCCUGACAGUUCCCGACGAUGGUCCUUACAGAGAUUUGCUGUUGAGAAUUCUUUGCGGCAAUUUACCAAAGAUCAGGAUGCAGGGAUCAACAAGCUACUGGUGAAUGUUCCCAGUGAAACCACAAGUCAAGCCGAACAGCCAGAACAUGAUCACAGAAGUCAUGAAGAGAAUUCAAGCCUUCCAGACACACCUGAAAGUACAGGCUCAGAGUUGCCAUUGAGGGAGGUGCGAGUGGUACUGACACGUGUGAAUGUGCCAGGAGAUCAGCCUGACCCAAGAGUUUCAGGAAAUCAGCUUGACCAUCCAGGGUCACCAGAUCUUGACCCUUUGCCUCAGGAUCUUCCAAAAACAGCUCAAGCUGAAGUCGUGGUUGAUGAGGAAAUGGACAUUCCUCUGGAACCUAUGCCAGAACCAGUCUCACAUGGAGUGAUUGAAACUGAAUCUGAGUCCUCUGAAGUGGAAGAAGAGUAUCUGGGCUGUGAAAUUGAAACAGCCCAGCCUGCAACUGAUGGAAUAAACUCAGGUAUGGGCAUUGCUGAUUGUGGGGCAAAUACAGCUUUUGGAAAUGUAAUGAAUCCUUACAUCCUGAUAGAGAGGCUUGCCUUGCCAUUAGAAGUGAGCAAGACCAAUGUACAAUCCCAAUCUGAAGACUUGAACCCUUCUGCAAUGCCAGCAGGAAUCCCUUGUCAGGAAUUCCAGUCUAAACUUCAGAGGAUUUCUGCAGAUCUGGAAGAUGAAGCAGUUCUGGGCCAUGAAGUUGGUGGCAUUAGAUCUGCAACAGCAGGGGUGAACACGAAGAGAGAAAACACCAAUCAUGAUGCAAAUAUAGCAGAAGUCAGGAAUCCCUGUGUCAUUCUAGACAGAGUGAACUCACAAGUAGAAAUGGAUGAGACUGACCAGACUGCAGCUGUGGAAAAUGAAGAGUUUCUGGGGUGUGAAAUAGAAGAUGUCAGAUCUGCUUCAGAUGGAAUGAACUCAAGAAGAGGAAAUAUUGACCCUGAGACACAAGUGGGAGCUCGAGAUUCAAGGAGUCCCUAUGUCUUGCUAGAGAGAAUUAACCCUCAAGUAGAAAGGGAUGGGACAGCAGAGAUCAGCAUCCAGUCUCCAUCUGGCUUCAUGUCAGAGACUCCAUCAGUCAGACAAACUCGGAGACAAGCAACUAGUACUCCUGCCACAAGAAGAAGCUUACGCAAGAAUGACUCCUUCCGCCAUUUGAUGUCCCCUAUAUACAGUGAGGAAGAUGAAACUAAAUGAUCUGUAGUCAUCCCUCAUUGUCUGAGGACUUGGGUUGUUGUCAAUUUCCUAUGACCUUGAUCUCAGUUAUGACUGAAAUUAUCUGCUGCUGGGAAAAACGCUUACUUUUCAGGGGUGGUGGGAGAAAUCUGAGUGAAUCCUGUAUAUACCUGCUGUAUACUUGUAUUUGAUUAAAAUACAAGAAAAUGAUGCAAUGUGCAUGUGCAUAUGAAAUACAUUUUGAUUUUUUGUUUAGA